AUGGCGGACGUUGUCAUAGUGCGAUACUUGUUCACAUUUUUACUUUUAAAUGCUUGCCAUGCGGGACUUCCAGGCUUGGACAACAUGGAGCAAGAUGGAGCAUCUAUCACACAAUCUGACAAUCACAUUAGAGAUGAUCUCACGUCUAUCGAUAAAAAGAUGAUGGUUCAACAACCGAGGAGGAAAUUUCAAAAAAGGUACAAAUGCCACCAGUGCGAGUCGCCGGAGUGCGGCGCGGAGGGCGCGGAGGGGGCGGAGGGCGCGCAGGUAUGCGAGGAGGCGCUGUACUGCUUCAAGUCGACGGUGCGCGCGUCGGACGGCGCGCUGCGGCACUCGCGCGGGUGCUCCUCCAAGCGCGACCACUACCAGUUCACCUGCCGCACCACCAACAACGCGCAGAGGCCUCGAAAACGUCAUGCCGGUCAACUGAACAUCACUUGCUGCCAGGGUAACAUGUGCAACGAUGGCAGCUUUCCAUCCCUGUCCCCCGCUGACAUGGCCAUGGAGCCGCUUAGCACUGGCACAUGGAAGCUGUGGCUGAGCGUUGUGCUCUCGGUGGUGGCUGUGAGCGUUAUAGGAGCCAUGGCUAUAAUGUUGCUGAGGAGGAGUCACAGAUUACGAGUGUCUCGGGCAGCGCAAAAACUAGGCGCAGAUUCGAAUUAUUUCUCGUCCAACAUGUACAGUCCGCACGUUACAAGCGCUUAUUACGAAGGUCUAGAAGGAUCACAGAAUGGAGGUGGUCUGCAUGCAGUUGCAGCGGGUGACUCCACCCUCAGAGAAUACUUGGAGUGUUCAGUGACUAGUGGUUCUGGUUCUGGGUUACCGCUUAUGGUACAGAGGACACUGGCCAAGCAGGUGUCCCUGAUCGAACGGAUUGGCAAAGGUCGAUACGGUGAAGUGUGGCGGGGCUCGUGGUACGCGGACAGUGUCGCUGUGAAGAUAUUCUUCUCGCGGGACGAGGCCAGCUGGAGGAGGGAGACGGAGAUAUACAGCACUGUCCUGCUCAGGCACGACAAUAUACUCGCUUACAUCGGCAGCGACAUGACCAGUAGGAACAGUUGUACGCAGUUAUGGCUCAUCACACACUUCCAUCCACUGGGCUCGCUGUACGAGCACCUCAGCAGGACGACGCUGACGAGGAAUCAAAUGAUGUUAAUAUGCCUGUCCAUUGUCAAUGGCCUUUUACAUCUGCACACAGACAUACACGGGACACAGGGAAAACCCGCCAUAGCGCAUCGGGACAUCAAGUCCAAGAACAUCCUGGUGAAAGUGAAUGGUGAAUGCUGCAUCGCCGAUCUCGGGCUCGCCGUCACCCGGCGACACGUGGCUGCCGGAGUCCUGCGAGACGCCCGCCAGGGCACCAAGCGGUACAUGAGCCCGGAGGUGCUCGACCAGAGUAUGAACCUGCAAUGCUUCGAAUCGUACCGCCGCUGUGACAUCUACGCGUUGGCGCUGGUGCUGUGGGAGACGUGUCGGCGCGUGAGCCCGGCUCGCGAGCAGCGCCCGCCAUACCACGACCUGGCACCCGCCGACCCCAGCUUCGACGAGAUGCGGAAAAUCGUGUGCGUCGACAAUGAGCGGCCCGAUCCACCCGACGACCCCCAUCCGACAAUGGUGGGAAUGGCUAACCUCAUGCGAGAGUGCUGGCAUCAAAACCCAUCGGUACGAUUACCAGCUCUACGAAUCAAGAAGACAUUACUCAAACUAGCUGCCAACGACAACUCUAUCAGACUCAACGAGGACAAUGAAGUAUAUGUUUAGUUGACAUUACAGUGUUUGUGCAGUGUAUAGGAACUGUGGUUCGUCUUUAAGAUAUUAUAAUAGUGAGUGUUGAAGUUUUUGGUAUAUAUUGAAGACUGGUCGGUAAGAUAUGGUAUUGAUAGAGAUGGUUUCAUGAAUUUAGCACAUGUUAUUGCAAAAAUAUGCACGAUUUAUGAAUGACUGUUAUGGAUGGAAAGUAAUUAUAUUCAUUGAAAAAUUUUAAACAAAUAUACAAUGCUAACUUAACGAAUGGUUUGAUCGAUUGUUU